AUGAAUAGAAAUCAAAACAUUGAUUACAAGGCUGAAAAUAAUUAUGGAUUAAGCUUAAAAGCAAAUACUUACUCCAAUCGACCUGUUAGUUGUGCUAUGAGACUCUUGCUGCUUAGCUAUCGACGAAUCGAGUCGAGUCAGGUUGAAAGUCAUGGGACAACAGCUUUUAUGUUAACGAAACAUUUAUGUAUGAAAAACUGUAAGUUGGCUGAUGAAGGCGAAUGGUUUAAUACGAAGCAGGAGAGAGAAAUGUCCAUCAUAAAAAUAGGCACAAAAAGUUCGGUUUCACUUCUCAGCGCCUUGUUAAAGAACACUGAUGGAUUUAUGGAACUGAUAAAGUGGAAAAUCGAUAGAAAUUUCAAUAUGAGAUCGAGAAAUCAUAUCAGACCUUCAAAAAUCAGACCACAUUUGGGAAAUGCCCAGCACAAUCAUUUUGCAAACAAAGACAAGAAAAAUAUUGUCAUUGGAGGACAAUGUAGCGCCCCAUUGGCAUUAAUGCGAACAAUUAAGGAUUAA